UUAUUGUUCAAUCUGCAUUAUAUUCCAGCUGGAAAAAUUAUAUGGAACACUUGAUUAGGAUCGCUGUUUCUAGGGGGACAUAUUAAAGAGGUGCACAAGGUUGGCUGAUGGCUGAGAAGCAGAAGACGGCAAACUGUGGCUGUAAAGGCAUCAGAACGUGUUUAAUAUGUGAGGAAAACGAUGGAAAACGUCAUUUACUGAACACGACGCAGAGCAUACGCUGUGAUUUUACGUAUGAUCCAGAGUCAAAGCUAGCAGUACCAGAUGGUGAGGGUCAAUCUUUUCCCUUCCCCGGUGUCUUCCUGUGGGAGAAUUUUGUCUCAGAGGAUGAGGAGAGGGAGCUGGUGGCAAAAAUGGACCAAGAAAUGUGGAGAGAGUCCCAGUCUGGUAGGCGGAAGCAGGACUUUGGGCCCAAAGUGAACUUCAAAAAACGGCGUAUUCGUCUCAGGGGCUUCAGUGGCCUUCCUGCUGUCAGCCAAAAACUGGUGGACAGAAUGACAAAGGAGCCUUUGUUAGCUGGAUUUCGACCAGUGGAACAGUGCAACCUGGACUACGAUCCAAAGCGAGGCUCAGCUAUUGACCCUCACCUCGAUGACAGCUGGCUAUGGGGGGAGCACUUAGUUACUAUCAAUUUGCUAUCUGACACUGUUGUGACCAUGAGUUUGGAUGAAGGCUGGGGAGAAAUGGACCAGGGGGAGGUGAGAGUAGCUGUGAACUUGCCUAGGAGAUGUUUGAUUGUACUGUAUGGUGAGGCUCGGCAUCACUGGAAACACGCUAUUCACCGAAAGGACAUUCAGAGCAGGAGGGUGUGUAGUACCUUCAGAGAGCUGUCUGAUGAGUUUCUGGAGGGUGGAGAGCAAGAAAAGCUUGGCUUAGAGCUGUUGGACAUAGCAUCAAGCUUUAAAGGAGUCCCCAUAAGUAACUAAUAAAUAAAGUUACAGCAAACCUGAGAAAGGUCUGUACAUCCGAUGACAAGCCUGGACUUUUUAAUUGCUCUGUUUCAUCCUCUACGCUUAUACACAUUGUGUUGCUAGGCAUCUUUAAGAUGCACAGAAUUAUUUAUUUGUUGAUUUCUGAAAUCAUUUGUCAAAUAUAUGGGAUUUUACUUAUGAAUAAAAACCUUUAAAAUGUG